AUGGAUCCCACCCGAGAACUGAAAGAAGAACUCAGACUUUAUCAGUCUACACUCCUUCAAGAUGGGCUGAAAGAACUUCUUGAUGAAAAUAAAUUUGUUGAUUGCUUCCUGAAAGCUGGAGACAAGACCCUUCCAUGUCACAGGCUCAUCCUAGCAGCUUGCAGUCCCUAUUUUCGGGAGUUCUUUUUGUCUGAUGAGAGUGAAGAGAAGAAAAAAAAUCUUGAGUUGGAUAAUGUUGACCCAAAUGUCAUGGAAGCCAUUCUUAAGUACAUUUAUUCUGCGGAUAUUGACCUUAAUGAUGCAAAUGUCCAGGAUAUAUUUGCACUGGCCAGUCGUUUCCAAAUCCCUUCAGUGUUCACAGUGUGUGUCACUUACCUACAGAGGCGACUGUCACCUACCAAUUGUCUUGCUAUCUUCCGACUAGGCCUUCUCCUGGACUGCCCAAGACUUGCCAUCACUGCACGGGACUAUGUUUGUGAUAGGUUUAGCCAGAUUUGUAAUGAAGAAGAUUUUCUUCAGUUAGCCCCACAUGAACUAAUAGCUGUCAUCUCCAGCGAUGCCGUAAAUGUUGAAAAGGAAGAGGCUGUCUUUGAGGCCGUGAUGAAAUGGGCCAGGACAGACAAGGAAAACAAAACCAAGAGUAUUGUGGAGGUCUUUGAUUGCAUCCGGUUCCGCUUGAUGCCCGAAAAAUAUUUCAAGGAUCAGGUAGAAAAGGAAGAGCUGCUCAAGGGAAAUGCUGAUAUACAGAAAAAGAUCAAGGCUAUUAAAGAUUCCUUUGCUGGCAAAUUACCAGAGCUUUCCAAGGAGAAGGCAGACGGUGAUGUUGGUGAUGAAGAUUUACUUCCUGGAUAUCUGAAUGACAUUCCUAGGCAUGGCAUGUUCGUCAAAGAUCUGAUCAUUAUGGUCAGUGACACAGCAACAGUAGCUUAUGAUCCCCUAGAAAAUGAGUGCUACUUGGUGGCCUUGUCUGAGCAGAUCCCGAGGAAUCAUUCCAGCAUAGUUUCCAAAUCUAAUCAGGUUUAUGUGGUUGGUGGACUAUAUGUAGAUGAAGAAAAUAAAGAUCAACCAUUGCAGUCCUACUUCUUCCAGUUGGACAGCAUUGGAGGUGAAUGGAUUGGACUCCCACCUCUUCCAUCAGCCAGAUGUCUCUUCGGCCUGGGUGAGGCAGAUAACUGUAUCUAUGCCAUUGCUGGCAAAGACCUGCAAUCUGAAGAGUCACUGGACACAGUGUUCUGUUAUGAUGCUAAAGCCGUAACCUGGAAAGAAGCAAAGAAACUCCCAGUCAAGCUUUAUGGACAUUCUGUGGUGUCACAUAAUGGGCUCAUCUAUAGUCUUGGAGGGAAGACAGAUGACAAGAAAUGUACAGGCAGAGUGUUUGUGUUCAGCCCCAAAAAGGGAGACUGGAAAGACCUUCCUCCAAUGAAGACAGCCCGCUCAAUGUUCGGUGUUGCCAUUCACAAGAACAAGAUCUUCGUUGCUGGUGGAGUCACAGAGGAUGGACUAACAGCAUCAGUUGAAGCCUAUGAUAUAGCCAAUAACAAAUGGGAAACAAUCACAGAAUUUCCCCAGGAAAGAAGCUCCAUCAAUAUUGUCAGCUUAUCAGGAUCCCUGUAUGCCAUUGGUGGAUUUGCAAUGGUUCAGUUAGAAUCUCAAGAGUUUGCACCAUCAGAGGUCACUGACGUGUGGAAGUUUGAAGAUGACAAGAAGGAAUGGAGCGGAAUGUUAAAGGAAAUCCGUUAUGCCUCUGGUGCUACUUGUCUGGAUUCUCACCUUAACCUUUUUAAACUGACUAAGUUGUAA